AUCUCCUUCCUGCAGACGAAGAUCGAAGAUAGAGAGAGAGAUGACGAACCCCUGACCCUCGGAAGAGACAGAGACGAAGACGAACCCGCGACCCUCGAGCCCUCGACCGCGACCUCGAGCCCGCGACUCUCCGACAUGUCAGGCUUUCCUUGUCGUCUUCUUCAUCAAUAAUUCAUGAAGAUGAAGAGGGUCGUCCAGCCCAUCAUCCUUCCUUUUCCCUUCUGCACAUACCAAGUAGAUUAGAUUCUUUUGACCCAACAAUUUCUUCAAGUUCAAUCUUCAAGACCCGACAGCACACCAUCCUCGGAUCGGUGUUAGCUUUCUGUACGAGUUGCUGAUAGCCCUUGCGUUGAUGAUUGAUACAACUAGUGUGAAGGCAGCAGUAAGGAGAAAGACCACGUACUCGAACGUAUCUUCUCCGAUUUUCCUCCUUAUUAAUUCGCAAAUACUGGAGCAGAUGCCUCAAGUUGUAACCUCUCUCGACCCACACGUAGAGAAUGGUUUGCAAAGUGUUCCUCAUUUGAAAACUGUAGCCCAGUUGCUAACGAGCAUGGAGAGCAACCAUCUCAGUUCUCUGUCCCAGGUCGGAGUCUCUAGGGAGAACCAUAAUGUUGGAUCUGACUUGAGAUAUUUACCUCUGAACCUUGAAAUGCUGGCAUCUAGUUGAUCCUCUGAAGCUUUCGCAAAUUGAGUUUUUUACUGUUGAAGUGGAUUGAGGAAAUUGAAACUCCAUUAGUGGAUCAAGAGAGCCGAACAAGAUAGCUGCUGUGCGGAAAGUCUCUUGAGAGCCAGAAUCCUGCAAGUUCUUUUCCCUUCGUGCUCGGAUGAGUUCCUCUGUAAAUUAGUAUGGAGCCUGAAAUGUAUAGCACUGUAAUUCAUUACAUUACCCUACCAACUGAGCUGUUUCAUUUGGUAUGAAUAAUAACUAUUACGUAGUA